AUGAAAGAGGCAGUCACGAAAGCGCAACUCAAGACGACAGAGUUUAUCCGCUUCAUCGCUGGCGCCAAGACUCGCGUGUACUGUAGAACAUCAGACAUAUUCCGUGCAAGACACGAAUGCCUCAUAUACACUAUUCACCACACCAACCGCCAUCAUGCGAGCCUCAAGAUUGCGAGCUUCCAUCCUGCCAUAACUUCUCCUCGUCUCCUGGAAUCUCCAUGCCAAUACCUGAUCGCCAGCGGAUCAGCAAAGAAGAAACUCGUUGAUCACGGAAAGGAGCACGAAGGAUUCAAGAGGCACGACGAACACAAGGAGGAAGAGGCCAGGGCGAAGCAAACAGACGACAACGAGAAGCUGAGAAAGACCAACUCGGUCAACAAGAACAUGGACUUCAAGACGGAUGAUGCAAGCAGCUCCAAGCAGUCAAAUUAA